CAAGGGACACAUCAUUUCUAGUUGUGAUGGUCCCUUCAGUUUCAUAUUUUUACUUUCUAUUAUUCGAUGAUCUGUGUUACUUUGUUUUACCCUUGUGGAUUGUUGUUCAAUAUGUUGAUUUUAAGAAAACAAAAUGAGAGUCAGGUUUUGCAGUAGCAGAUCUCUGCAUAUUAUUGCAGUCUACAAUUUUUCAAAAUACUAAUGUAAUGAAAGUGAUAAAAUUGCAGUGUGUGUGUGUGCUUUUUUUAAAAUAAUUUUUCUAUGACUAGAAGGUGAGUGGUAACUGCUAACUCUGCCAUUCAUCAAUUUAACCGAUCCUUGUAAUGCAACAACAUAUGAUAUCUAUUGAAGGAUUUAUUUAAUCUAGAUAAAUUGAAUGGAAGAUCUAGGUGUAAUAUUGCCAUAAUUGCAUUGGAAACUAUGUAAAUGUUUGUUUGUUUUUUCCUGUCUUUAUGAGAAGAAUCUAAAGUUGUGUUGAUUGAUUCCAAGACAAAUGCCUCCUUGUUCUGCAAAUAUGUACUAAUUUCGGCUACCUUUAAAGAAUGUUUCUUUAUUUUAUCAUUACCAUACAAAACCUUAGGGCAUUAUAAGGUCUCUCUGCCCUGUGUUAUAUUACAUUGAAUCAGCCCCUACCCCCAUCCCAAGUAGUUGUUGAUAUCAGGCCAUGGCUACAAGUGGGGUUAAGCUUCUAGGAGUGCCACCAAGUCCUUUUGUUAACAGGGUGCAGAUAUCCCUCAACCUCAAGUCAGUUGACUAUGAACUCAUCCCAGAAAAUCCACACUGCAAAAGUGAGCUCCUCCUCAAAUACAACCCUGUUAACAAGAAAAUCCCAGUUCUUGUCCAUGAUGAUAAACCUAUUUGUGAGUCACUUAUCAUUGUCCAAUACAUAGAUGACACCUGGACCAGCAGCAGCCCUUCCAUUCUCCCAUCUGACCCCCAUGAUCGCGCCAUAGCUCGCUUUUGGGCCAGCUAUAUAGAUGACAAAUGGUUUCCUCUGCUAAAGCAGUUGCAGGAUGCAGAAGGAGAGGAGGCAAAGGCUGCAACAGUGGGGAAAAUAACCGAGGGGGUUGUGCUGCUGGAAGAGGCUUUUGCCAAAUGUAGCAAAGGGAAAGCUUUCUUCGGCGGAGAUAGCAUUGGUUAUGUUGACAUUGCACUUGGAUCCUGCAUGGGAUGGGUAAAAGCCGUAGAGAAAAUUGCCAACUUCAAAAUUCUUGAUGAAACCAAAACGCCUGCCUUGUGUCAAUGGGCAGGCACAUUUUUGGCAGACAAAGCUGUUAAGGAUGUUAUCUUGGCGCCCGAGAAACUCAUAGAGCUAUUUAUGAUGAUGCAAGCCCAACAGAAGCCAGCUUCAAACUAAUGAGUACUUUUUUCCUUCAUUGUUGAGUAAUAAGUAUUCUCAGGGCAAUCAAUCUGUAUUUUUUUUUUCACUUGGUUUGGUGAACAAUAACAUGCAUAUGUAAUAGUAUACUCACAUAGAGUGAGUGAAAGUGUGUUUUUUUUUCUUCCCUGCAUAAUAAAUGAAAUCAAUAUUUCACAUUUUGACAAGUUAUCUUGACAGCA